AUGGAUGCGGAAGGAAGAGGGUCAGGUGGAGCCAAUGGCUACCCUGAAAAUGUGCCCAAGCGGACGCCACGACGGUCUCAGGUCCCCUCGCCCAGCCACGGCUUAAACGAAACAGUGAAUGCAGGUGAUAGCACGUCUUACGUACCUACAGUAUCAAAUGAAGAUGGCAGCAAUCGACGAGUCGUUCGGGGGACGUCUGGAAGCACACCGUUGCCCCCUGAGCGCGUCAACAUUGGAAUCCCGAGCCGGAGCUUACUACGCAUGAUCAGCACAGAACCCAUUGUAGAUAUAGGUAGCGCGCGCAAUGACGACAGUGGUUCAGGGGCCUUGUUUGUCGAUCCAGUAUCGACUGGGACUCCGACCAGAACACGCCGAUCAUCGACCACCGGCCGGAGGAGUUCUGGUGGGAAGUCAAUUAAUCUAUCAUCAUCGAUAAAUUCGAUGCGUUCGGCCAGUUCGACGGCUUCACAACGGUUUAGACGGUUACCCGCAUUUGGAUUACCUUUCCCCGGGCAGCUGGCGCAUUCUGCGGAUGUACCGAGUCCACAAAUACUUCAUCGGACACCGGGAUUGUUUCCAAGAUUACAUGACGGCAACAGCGCUUUCUCAAUGUAUGCGGAUAAGGUGCAUGAUGGCUGCAUGUCAUCGCCGUCACGUCUCCACUUGAACCGAAACUCACCAUUACCAGUGCUGUCCAGCGUCAGCGCGCCGGGCGGUUACUUCAGCGUGCACAGGAGCGAGUCAACCCAGGGUAAUCGCGACCAAAAUAAUGGCGGAUCCUUCAACGUGCCACUAGCCAUGCAAUCGGACGAGAGCUCCACUACGGGUGCUAGUUCAGGAACGAUGUCCACAAUGACGCCGUCCUCCGAAGAAUCUUUGGUUAUAGAAUACCCGCCGAACGCCGACGCCAGAUCACAUGUAAUCCACCAUUCCAUGGCACCCGGUGUGCGAAGAUCAAUCGGAAAUAUACCGUCUAGAGAAAGAACGCCGAGAGGUACCCCAAGAAACCACGCUGGUGAGGCAGGCCAGUUUCCGCAACAGCUUCAGAGCCCUUAUCAAAGGGAAACUGGCACGCAGGAUUCCUUGGGCAAUAUUUACUUCAGGCACGGGCAGAGUACUGCCAGCUCUUACGGGUUAAAUGGGCAAUAUUUGACCGACGCGUCGGCACGCCAGUCAACUGGAGGUGCGUCGGGAGGCAGCUUCGCUGACGGAGGGCCCGCGGGGCAUACUGUAGGGAGCUCUAUCAUUCAUCGCGAACUGGUGGAAACGCUGGGUGAUGAGUUGCGGAACGUGCAUUCCGUAUCCGAGAUUGGUGGGAUCGGCUGUCUUAACGAGCCAAGUGGCAUACUGAGUCAUCGAAGUGCCGAUGAGGGGUUCGCUUCGCCACAUGGAGGAUCCGGAAUAUCUCAAAUCAGGCAAGAUAAUAUAGAACAGUAUAUUGCCGCCGGUAAUUUUUGGGGUAAUGAGAGUCACCUGAUCGCUGCAACCCAUGACAACGGACUGCUCCACCAAACUACUACACCCACUGCCAGGCACAGCGGCGGAAAGGAAAGAGGAUCCGCAUCACGUCGGUCCCGUAUUUCCCAUACCGAAGAAAUGGGCGACGGGCUUAUCGUGAAGCGCAGUGACGAAGGGGAGCAUGCAGUGGACGACGAAGAGGAGGGCAGCAUAUUCCUCAUACCGGAUAAUUUCAACGUGUAUGCUGCACCCUUUGGCGAUACAGCUGGAAGCAGUAGUGGCGUUAAGCUGGACGAUGAUGUACAGAUGUACACCGCCAGGGGGCAGGACACGGAGGACAACGAAGACGAUCAGCCUUGCGCUGGGUCGGAGACGCUAAAUUUCACGUUCUCGUAUAGUGACGUGCCUGCGGCCGCACAAUCCCAUGAGGGGAGCAACAGUUCGGGAAGUGUUGGAUAUGAGGAGGAUGCACUUUUUUACAACGUUCCGGGAGGGUUAUCGUACCAUGCUGGCCUGAAUAUUCAGGGGCAUCCGGGAGUGCUUGCACCAACUGCGCCAAUGAACCUUGAGGAUCUACUGUAUAACCAUGCUUUCUAUUCUGGCGAGCAGGAUAUGGGAAGCUGCGACGAACCCGCGGAUGGCAUGACAUUCUCUGACCGAGUGCAACUUUUCGUAGCACGUCGGGCUAGUGAGCAUGGACCUGAUGGCUCAACCCCGGCCGAUUCGCAACUCCCUUCUUCAAAUGAAAUAGAGCUGGAUGAAGAUUAUAUCAAGGCUCAAAUGAGUAUGAUGACGUCUAUAGAACAGGGAUCUGCCGAAGACGGCACAGGUGGAUCCGUCAGCGCACCCCCGAACCUCGGUACGCCCGAAAACAACGACCUCCAAACAAUGCCGGUAUUGACCGCUCUUCAAGAGAGUGUUGUGCGACAGGAAAUAUCAGAAAUGGGGACCUUGAUGCCGCUUAUCACCGAAAACGAGCAGAUGGAGCUUAUAAGGUCCCAACAUCCGCUCUCCCCGCCUCGCAGCACGGAAGAUUUAAUGCACACGGACGAUGCCAUUAACAAACUGUAUUCCGUCAUACCUGCAAGUUACAGCCAAAUGGCGGUGGCUGCAACUGUGACGGAGUCCACACCUGAAGGAGAAAUGGUUGUCGAGAACGCCGUUACGGUACCAGAUCCAUCGCAUAAUGCACAUUUGGAACUAGCUGCGCCGCUGCAGACGACCGACUUCUAUUCGGCCUUGGUCAGAGAGAAGUCGCGGCUGCACAGCGACAUAGUGCCGUCAUACGAUGAACGGUUUAUCCCAGGCGUGGCGUACGGACUACGUAACAUUCCGAAGCGCUUAAAGCUGGCUGAUAUGAGCCCUCACGGCUUCAACGACGAGUCCGCACAAAAGGGGCAGGAUAAUCCCGUAGUGAUGCCUGAGGCUGAACUUUUGGUUGACGAGGCGUACAAGAGGGUACAAAUCUUGGUUGGAGCUAAGUUGUGUGAAAGCGGUUACAGCAUCCCGGCGGACAGCAACGAUCGGCCGGCGGAUGUUACAGGGCCGCCGGCUGCUUCAGGCAUGAACGCGCCAUCGUCAACGUUGCUGGACUUAACACCGCAAAAGCGCGAGGUUCAGGAGGAGGCCAAGCAGAUGCUUUCCGAGGUCAUGAGUAAACUGAAAAGCAUCAACGCCGCGAAAGAGAAGAUGCACCAGAGCUGCGUAUCGGCAACAAAUCAUGCCACGCUGCUUGCAAAUGCCACGGAAGUGUAUAGCUCCGUGGUCAAGGAAUGCCGUCAGUUGACGAAGUCCAUUCAGCAACGUCAAAAGUAUAGUGAAAUGCAGACAAAUCUCAUUGGUUUCAAAUCCAAGCAUCUUGAGACCCUCAGGACGAGAGUUGCGAAGCUCACGCAGCGCGUACAACUGCGCGAGGCCAAUGGCCAGAAAUUGCAACACAUGGAACACUUGAUCGAAACCCUGCGUAACAUCUACGCCGCGACGGGCAUAAGGGUGGUCCCUCUAGACGCGGGCUCGAAGAAAAUUCGAUGGGUGUUUGCAAUUUUCUUCAAUGCCGACUGCAACACCAAGCGCUGCAUUCGCAGCUUCAGGAAGAGCUGGCAUAACGACCUCGUGCGUGUUGCCGACAACCUGAUGGAUGGCACCAUGAACAAGCCCGUGGUGUAUCGUCGCAUCAAAGCUGAGCAGCGCUUCAACCCAGAGAUCAACAUGCUGGUUUGCAUUAAAGUUACCGAAGGUGGUGCGGGAUACGGGAACUUCUUACCGAUUUGCAUGCGGUCGGUGCUGAGGUGUGGCGACGAGUCGUCCCCGGAGGUGGAAGCAACCCGGACGCCGCAUCACCGUACGCACGUCCCGGUGUUCAGGAGCGAUGAGUGGCCAUCAUGUAGCCCCAUAUUAUCAAAAACGCCCUCCGUGACCCGGGAACUGGGGAGGUUCUACUCUUCGGGGGUUGAGUCGACUAAUUCCGCAACCUCCGACCCCGACGCGUUGGAAACCGAGGAUGCACCUAUCGAAUUCCCUCGGGGCACAUCGCACAUAACCAUUUGCCCCGUCAAGUGGGAUGACAUGGUGGACGUGAGCCGGGGGCUCCGGAUAGUGUUCACGGCACCGAAGUUCAAGACGGGGGGAGGCUCGGACAAGGUCUGGGAGCAGGUGCUGACGCGGCUGCUUGAAGCGGCCAACAAGCGCAUGCGCCAGAUCAUAUCGCGUUGGAUGAGCAACAACGUGGAUGAGAGCCAUCCGGUCACACUGAUCGCACUGAUGCGUGAGGUCAUGGACUACGGGUCGGCGCUGAGCGCACGGAUCAGGGUAGUGCAGCGCGAGCUCCUGCAGCUCCUCAAAAGCACGUGCGCAGCCACGUUCACUACGAAGGGUGGUGUCAUGACCGUCGAGGUGGUGUUCUUGCCGCAGGCGCCGAAGAGCCCGUCGCUGCUGUGCUCGGUCGACGUCGACGCGUACGACCUGCUGCAGAAGGGCUCGUACACGCGGGCCGCCCGGAACAUCAGGUUGCGCGCGAUGCAGCAUGGCUACGACCUGCUGCUGCACUACAUACACGCUGCGAUGGCGGCGGGCGACCGGGACCUCAGCAUCUACGACUUCGUAGCGGACGCGUGCCAGCGGGCAGGCCACAUGCUAUAUAAACAUGCCAAUUAA